AUGAUUUGGUUAAGCUUACUUACCACCACGCAUUCCUUUUUAGCAUUCUGGAUGGUUCAAAAAUAUAAUCUAAUGGGGAAGGGAACUAGCCCAGUACUCUUAAUGUUUCUUGGCCUAGUGUCAGGAGGAUUGUUGGACGUAUGUUCAUCAAUUACGAAUAUUGAUCAAUGUAAGAAUGAACCAACUUGUAUUUCACUUUCCUAUCUGACAUGUUGUGGUAAACAAGACCAAGUACAUUGUAUGCAAUUGGCCAAUGUUGCACAAAAAGAUAAUAUAGCCGAAUUUUGGAACACAUGUCCACCAGCAACUGGAUGGAUCGCAUUUACUCCACCCACAUCAGAUUGCGAUCAGGUGAAAUGUGAAUCUCAAGGAGGUAAAUGUGAAUGGAUAACUCCAUCAUUAUGUGCUGGUACCAGUUGUUGUCCAACCUAUUCUCGUUGUUCUUUUGGAAGCCCAUCCACAUCCACUACUUCCUCCUCCUCUUCUUCCUCCUCUAUCUCGUCAUCAACUACUACCUCCUCUUCUUCUUCUUCCUCUUCCUCCUCCUCUUCCUCUAUUUCAUCAUCUACAACUACCUCUAAACCAUCCUCUACUACCUCCAAACCUUCAUCUACAUCCUCUAAACCAUCAUCGUCCUCAUCCUCUUUCGGGUUUCCUGUUGUAUACGUAUGUGAUGUGAUCAUUGUGUUAAAGACUUCUUCAUCACCAUCAUUUUCAUCGUUCAAUAACAACAUUACACCUUUAUAUAAUAAUCAUCAUCAAAGAAGUACUACUUUUAUUAAUACAAUUCAAAAAAGAGAGAUAACAUCAAUAACAUCAAUGAUGAGUAACAAUACAGUAUCAAACAAACACAAGAUUGCAUGUGGCGAUAUGAAGCUACCUGUCAGAUUGUUGUUGGGACCAGGUCCAUCCAACCUACACCCACGUGUCAACCAACAAUUGAUCAGUAGUAUGGUCGGGUACACAGACGCAUCCUAUUACAAAGUGAUGGAUGAAACAAUGGAAUUACUCAGAUACCUCUUCCAAACUGACAAUCAUUUUACAAUUCCAAUUUCUGGUGCUGGAACAGCUGCAAUGGAAACAUGUGUUGCCAAUUUAAUUGAACCUGGAGACAAGGUAGUAUGUUGUGUAAGUGGAUUCUUUUCGGACCGUAUCUACCAGAUGGCCGUGAGAUAUGGCGCAGCAUCGGAUAUUUACAAGUUCUCUAAACCAUGGGGUCAAUGGUUUGAAUUGGACGAGAUCAAACAAGUUUUGGAGACUCAGAAACCACGUCUUUUGACAAUGGUGUUUGGUGAGACUAGCACGGGUGUACGUCAACCAAUGCACGGUAUUGGUGAGUUGUGUCGCCAGUAUGACUGUUUGUUGAUGGUUGACACGGUCGCUGCUUUGGGCGGUGUGCCAUUCUACGUCGACCAAUGGAAGGUCGACGCAUGUUAUACCGGAGGCCAAAAAUGUUUGGCUGGUCCACCAGGUAUCUCUCCACUCACGUUUAGUGAUCGUGCAUGCGCCCGUAUCGCCGCGAGAAAGACACCUGUUGCCAACUGGUACCUCGAUGCCACUCUUCUCGGUGGAUACUGGUGUCCAGAAUACAACUUUGCCAACGCACAGAUCGCAACACCUCAACCGGCCCGUCGCUACCAUCACACCACCCCAUCCAACCUCAUCUACGCGUUGCGUGAGGCUGUCCUAGUCAUUGCCGACGAGGGACUCGAAAACGUAUGGAAGCGUCACCGUGAAGCAGCCUACCAGCUCUACAGCGGUCUCGAGUCGCUCGGCAUCUCGUGCCAUAUCCCCACCGUCUCGGAAAACGAUAAUGGCGGAGGUCGUCUCUACUCGCUCACCACGGUCAAGGUGCCCGAGGGAGUCGAUGCCAAGCAAAUCAUGACCCAUCUCCUCAACAACUACAAUAUUGAAAUUGCCGGUGGUAUUGGAGACCUAGCCGGAAAGAUUUGGAGAGUUGGAUUGAUGGGUACAAACGCAUCAAACAACAAUAAACUUUAA